CAUGGUUGUUUUGCUAGGGGUGCAUCUUUCUUCAAAACAAAUCGCUACAAUGUAGCUGUUGGACGUAACAUAUAUUUUCACUUUACAAAGAAACUUCAAAAUGAUCCGAUUUUGACAGACGUGGAUAGAUACACGCUAACCACAGUGUAUGACAGCACUUGUGCGGCUAACUCGAAGAAAACAUGCUGCUCCACUUGUGAUAACCGGCCUGACAGUGAAUACCAUUUACAUCAGUCUGCAUUGAACUAUAAGGACGUUUUAUGUUGCAAUACAUCGUUUGAUUGAAUGGAUGUAGCAGGUUGAAUAUAGACAAGAAAUGGUGCAGUCAACACGAACGUUGAUAAAUAUCUAUAAAUGAUUGUUGCUGUCAAACUGAAAUAGCUAUUCGUACUUGUUAUGCUAUGUGGAUUGACCAAUGUUUCAUAAACGAAGCUAGUUAAAACCUGAAAACUGACAUAUAGGCCAACCAUGUUAUCAAUCUUGUCAUACUUGUUAUCAUGAUAGCUGUCUCUAUUUUGAGUUUAGGCUAGUGCAUAACAUGAUAUUUGUGUCGGCAAUCCAUUUACUCAGCUGUAGAUUGUUCAGUUUCAAUAUAAGACGUCUAUAUUCAUUAAGAAGUAAAACCUCACAAAUCAGUGGAGGUAGUAGGUUUUGUCUGGGAAGGUGAAAUAUAUCCCACAAUUCUUAAUUCAGGAUUUAUCCUGCCUUUAACUCAGACUGGAGUUAUAGGUCUACAUCUCAAAGUAGCAUAGCAAUCUUUUCCUAACCAUUACUUGCCAUUGUUAUACAGACUUCCUUUUUUAUUUGGGGACAAUAAUUCGUGAAAUUCACCAAGAUAUAGAGCUAGUUAUCAACAUUGGUCACUAUAAGUUGUAGUCAAUAGUUAGAGCAGUAUGAGUAAGGAAGUGUCACUAAGUCAGACAGCUCAAUAUGUUGGGCCAUAUCGAAUGGAAAAAACUCUGGGAAAGGGCCAGACAGGCUUGGUGAAGCUUGGAGUUCACUGCAUUACAGGACAGAAGGUGGCCAUCAAAAUAGUCAACAGGGAGAAGCUGUCAGAGUCAGUUCUGAUGAAGGUGGAGAGGGAGAUUGCCAUCCUGAAGCUGAUUGAGCAUCCGCAUGUGUUGAAGCUGCAUGACGUUUACGAGAAUAACAAAUAUCUGUACCUGGUGUUAGAGCAUGUGUCAGGUGGGGAGUUAUUUGACUAUCUGGUGAAGAAAGGUAGGCUGACACCUAAAGAGGCCAGGAAGUUCUUCCGACAAAUCAUAUCGGCCCUGGACUUCUGUCACAGUCAUUCUAUCUGUCAUAGAGACCUGAAGCCGGAGAACCUGCUCCUGGAUGAGAAGAACAACAUCCGCAUCGCAGACUUCGGCAUGGCCUCCCUACAGGUGGGGGACAGCCUGCUGGAGACCAGCUGUGGAUCCCCACACUAUGCCUGUCCAGAAGUGAUCCGGGGAGAAAAGUAUGAUGGUCGCAGGGCAGAUGUGUGGAGCUGUGGAGUCAUCCUUUUUGCUCUGCUGGUGGGCGCCCUACCAUUUGACCAUGACAACCUGCGUCAGCUCCUUGAGAAGGUGAAGAGCGGGGUGUUUCACAUGCCUCACUUCAUCCCACCAGACUGCCAGGCACUGCUCAAAGGCAUGAUCGAGGUUGACCCCGACAAGAGACUUAAGCUAGAGGCCGUCCAGAAGCACUCCUGGUAUCAGUCGGGUCGUAACGAGCCAUGUCCCGAGCAGCCCCCUCCCAGACAUGUGUGUAUGGGGCGCAUCCUGUGUUUGACCGAGCUGGACCCGGACGUGCUGGACAGCAUGCACUCUCUGGGCUGCUUUAGAGACAGCGGGAAACUCACGUGCAACCUGCAGUGUGAAGAAGACAACCAGGAGAAGAUGAUCUACUAUCUCCUGUUGGACAGGAAAGAGCGUUACCCCAGUUACGAGGAUGAAGAUCUGCCGCCCCGAAAUGACGUAGCGGACCCCCCUCGUAAGCGUGUGGACUCUCCCAUGCUGACACGUCACAGCCGCUGCCACCCGGAGAGGAAGAGCCUGGAGGUGUUGAGUGUGACCGAGCAGGGGUCUCCCACCCCACCACACAGGGCCCUGGACACGGCCGCAAACAGCCAGAGGUCUCUCUCAGUCAGUGGGGCGUCCACCGGCCUUUCCUCCAGCCCUCUCAGCAGUCCCAGGGUUACUCCCCAGGGCUCUCCGCUGCCAACCCCCAUGGGCACCCCCGUCCACCACCCCUCCUCCAACCCUCCCUCAAACUCCUCCUCCUCGUCCUCCUCCUUGCGGGUAGAGGGAGGUGGAGGGGUGGGCUCCCUGUCCCUGACUCCUCCCUCCAGCCCUGGAGGGGGCGGCAUGGCAGCUAGCAGCUCCGCCCACUGGAGGACACGCCUCAACUCGUUCAAGAACAACCUGCUGGGCUCGCCCCGCUUCCACCGCCGCAAGAUGCAGGUGCCCACAUCAGAGGAUAUGUCAAGGCUGACCCCUGAGUCCAGCCCUGAGCUGGCUAAGAAGUCAUGGUUUGGGAACUUCGUCAGCCUGGAGAAGGAGGAGCAGAUCUUUGUGGUGAUCAGAGACAAGCCGCUGAGCUCUGUGAAAGCAGACAUCGUCCAUGCCUUCCUCUCUAUCCCCUCCCUCAGCCACAGCGUCAUCUGCCAGACCAGCUUCAGGGCGGAGUACAAGACUUCCUGCGGCCCCUCUGUCUUCCAGAAGCCUGUUAAGUUCCAGGUUGACAUUGCCUUCUCCGAGGGAGAGAGAGAGCGGGAUAGGGAGAAAACCGAGAGGGAAGGCAAGAGAGAGACAGGCAUCUACAGUGUGACAUUCACCCUCAUAUCAGGUCCUAGUCGCAGGUUCAAACGAGUGGUGGAGACCAUUCAGGCCCAGCUUCACAGCUCCCAUGAUCAGCCCGUGGGGGUCUCUGACCCCUUCCCAGACGAGAAGAACAAUCGGCCCCACGGGACCCCCACUCGCCAGAACUCCCGACGCUCCGAGGGCGGAGGUGAUCGGUGUGAGUGGGGCGAGAGAGGCGACGGAGGAGGCAUCGGAGGCAGUGGAGGGGUCCUACAACGCAGAGGCUCUGGGAAGGAGAGGACCCAGCUACUGUCCUCCAAUGGAACACAGUCCCAACCCUGAGAGAGAAUGAGACCAGUUGGGUAGCAGGUGUCCAAACGCCAUUGGGGGAAAAAAGAAGACAAAUUGUCAAACAAAACCUCACACCCUCACAAACCAUGAUAUAUCUCCCAUUCUGCCCCGAGAACAUGUCUCAACAAGUUUUUUUAAGCCUGAACACAUGCUGUCGUUUUUUCUGUGUUGAAAUGUACAUUCAUUCACUGAAUCAAGCAGGGAUCCAAUCCAGACCAGUAAUACAACUUUUUUUUAAAUGUCAAAAGGGAUUCAUGGAUGAGCUAGACACAUCAAAGGUCAAACUAGGAACUUUGCAGAAGCUCUAGUUUGCAUGGCAGUUAGCAAGUCGUUGUGCAAAAAUAUGUUUAAAAGUGGCAAUAUGUAAUUUUUAGCACGACCUGACCAAAUUCACAUAGAAAUGUGAGUUAUACUGUAGAUCUAUCAUUCUUCUUGGAAGCAAGUCUAAGAAGCAGUAGAUCUGUUCUGUGUGCAAUUUCUAUUCUUCCUGUUCUUAAGUUUUGAUUUUUUGUUGUUGUGUCUUUUACUUUAGUUUUCUUUACUGUACACCAGCUUCAAGCAGCUGUUUAGAUGGUAACAUUAUUCUCUACACGAUACUAACUUAUUUUGUCACAAACUGAAAUUUGGCAAACUGUUAAGUGUUUUAGCAACCAGGAAAUGGCAGAGUGAUAUCUGCAUAGUGCAACUUCAAUAUAGAUGAUAAGAUCUGCUAGCGUACCAUGGAUGGUCCCAGAAAUCGAACCCACUAUCCUGGCGUUACAAACGCCAUACUAUACCAACUGAGCUACAGAGGACCAAACCAAUAACUCAAGCCAAAAGAUAAGAACGCCUUGAAUAAUCUUGUGAUGGUUCUCAAAAAUAAAGAACUCCCCCCUCCCCUGUACCUUUACCGCUCAGCAGCAAAGGAAACCUGAUGAAUACCUUGAUGUGCCCAACAUUGAACAUACAUUUACUCAAAAGACAAUGAAAGACGAUGGAGACAUGUAGAACCCUCUUGCUUAUUAUCACAGACCACCCAUUCCAGAAGAUAGAACCUGCUGCCAAUUCAGUGAAUGAGUUUGACAACACCUAAAGAUCCUGCUUUAAAAUUGAGAAAUUAUGUCCUUGAAAAAAAACUUUAUCUUCUGUUGUCAAGAAAUACAAAUUAAGCUAAGUUGAAUGUGAAGAUAUUUUUUUAUUUAGGUUUAGUUAAGAUGAUUUAUAUAUUGAUUUCAGGGAAGUCGACACUCAGUGAAGAUAUAGGAGAGAAGAAUGACAUCGGGAAGAAUUGACAUCUUGGACAUACAGUAUCUGCUCCAGCAUCUGAAUGUGGAACCCAAGCCGAUGGGAAUUUAAAAGGUCAGAACGAAGUUGCCAUUGAUGUGUUUUGGAAUUAUUUUUGUAUUUUCUUUUUUUCUCAGAGUCAAAUACAAUGUAACCAAGAUUAAUUCGUUGGAAACCUUUUGCUCUGAAGAAAAGUAUUUUUGAUUUGAUGAGAAAUAUGAAAAUAUAUUUUAAAAGACAUGGGCAAACAGUUACAUGGAUUGGACCACGGUUUGUCCGUGACUCAAUAAAAAGUGCAUUCCUGA